AUAAAACUAAUGGGACCGUUGAGUUUAUCUAUUAAUUUAUUUAGUUCUUUUAUUUCCAAGUGAGUCACACUUUUCAUGUUCAUACUGAUUCAAUUAUAGAUGUGUACAAAAUAAUUACAUACGAUGUCUUAACAAAUUAUUACAAGUUGGUUUUGAAGUUAUCCCAGUGAAUUCUUCUUCUUUAUCGUCAACCUUCUCAGCAUCUGAAGAAAGUGUAGAGUUGUUAAAUCACAACCAAAAAAUCAAUCACUAUUCAAAGUCUAAUAAUGGAUUGAGAAUUUUCGUUGAAGAUGAUAGCUCUGUUGGAAAACAACAGUUAUGGAUUGAAUCAGUUUGUUCCAAUCAAGAAAGUGCUAUUCAUACUGCUGUACGAUUAAAUAGAGAAGAAGCAGUCAAGUCAAUAAUUCAGUGGGAACCAUAUUCAUUAGCUGUAACAAUUCAUGGUAACAAUGAAUUAUCAUUUGGUGUAUUACCAAUUCAUAUUGCUUGUGCUUUGAAUCGUUUAAAUUGUUUACAACUAAUGUUAACAAUGAAUACAUCUAUAUUCGAUUCUAAUAAUCAUUAUUAUAAUACUAGAAGUAUUGAAUCAAAUUAUUCUAGUUUAUUUUCUUGUCGAAUAAACAAAUCACCAGGUUUAUAUAAACAUUAUUAUUGUAUUGAUCAAUUGGAUAGUUAUAAUAUGACUGGCUUUCUUUUAGCUGUAAUACAUGGUCAUGUGGAUAUUGUAUGUCAGUUGUUAAAAUUUACAGUGAAAGCUAAAAGAUUAAUGAAUUCUACGACAGAAUUGAAUAAUUUCAAUACUGACAUCAAUCUUGAUAAUCUUUAUCAACAUCAUUCAACUAUUCAUGAUAAUAAUACUAGUACUACUAAUACUACUACUGAUACUGAUAAGUUUACUUACUUUAACCAACUAAAUGUUUUAGGCAAUCAUAAUUCGCCAUUAACUGAUAACUAUAUAGAUCCUAAUGUGUACUAUGAUGUAUGUCCAAUUGAUAUUUAUCGAAAAAUUUCAGCCUGCUGGUAUUUCGUUACUUCAAUUGAUAAUAAUAAUAAUAAUAAUAAUAAUAAUAAUAAUUCUGUUUCAUUGGAUUGUAACCAACGACCAGCGAUUAUUAUUAAUCCUCGAUGUCAUCAAAGUUUAGAUGACCAUGCAAUUUGUGGAUAUUUUAAUGCAUUACAAUUGUCUGUCAUGACUGGAAAUAUUGAUACAGUUUCAAUUCUGGUAGAUUAUCUCAGUCGAGAAGUGAAUACAUUCUGUACAUCUUGUAUACAUGGUCAAUGUUAUAUUCCUCAAGAUAAUUCUGCAUUAUCCAACAUGUCAUCGUCGAACCCCAUAGGUUACACUUCUCAUUUAACUAAUCAAAUAGUAUCAUCUAAUUUAAAUUCUACAAAUCUACAAUCAAUUAUUACAACUCCACUUGGUUUAACAUGUUGUCUAGCAGAAACUGAUGAAAAUAAAGCUAUUGAAAUAGCUUCAAUUCUAUUGAAUAUUGGUGCAGUUGAUUUUAAUCAUCAAUUAUUUGUAUACACAAUGAAAAAAUCAUUUUAUAAAUUUGCCGGUUUAUUAUUUAUUCAUGAGAUAUUACUUAAAUCUAUUGAAAUGAAUAAAUCUGUUAAUAAUGAUUUUACAAUUAUUAUAAAACAUUUGAAUUUAUCCAAUAUGAAAUCUCUUCAAUAUUCAAUCAUAUCAAAUUCAUUCUGGUUAUUAAAUUCUAUGAUACCACAAUGGAUUAAACUUUUGGAUGAUCUAUCAAAAUUCCAUUAUGUCAGCUCAUUGAAUUCGUCAUCAUCCUCAUCAUCGUCAAUGUCAACAACAUUCUCAUCAACGUCAGUAAAACAAGAAUCUACUGUGAAUGAAAAUAAUAAUAAUAAUCAUUGUAAUCGUGAAUUAUAUAAAUAUAUUAGUCAACUAAUUUUAUCACUUCCACGACCUACAUUCACUAUGAAUAUUUUCAAUAAUAUAUCUAAUCAGUUAAUUACACGUAUUACAAUGUCAAAUUGUGGUUUACAAACACUUCCAUGGUGUUUAUUUAAUUGUGUUAAAAAUUUAAAGGAAUUAGAUUUAAGUAAAAAUCAUAUUCGAAAUUUACCUAUACAACUACCGAAUGUUCCAAUGGCAUAUCGAUCAUGUCAAUCCGUCUCUACUUGUUGGACAUCUAGUUUAAUUUAUUUAGAUUUAUCAGAGAAUUGUUUGGACUAUUUGCCAUCAUGGUUAUUUGUCAAUAUAUAUGAAUAUGAACAAGGCAUCAUAUCGUUCUCCUGUAGAGGAAAACUAAACAAUGAUGAUAAUAAUAAUGACAAUCUCAAAGAACAAUAUGCACAUGUUCUUACUGAAAAGACUAAGCUCAUUGAUUCCCAUCCUCUUCGUCGAUGUUAUUCAGAGACCUCAGUCAAUACCACUACUUCUUCAAUACACCAUACAACAGUGAUGCAUGAUUCAUUUGCACCAAAUCUUUUACAUUUAUUAUUGUCAAAAAAUCAAUUACGUGUACUACCACCGGAAAUAUGGACAGGCUCAUUAUGGUGUAAAUUAGAAUUUCUUGAUUUAAGUUGGAAUGAAAUUGCUUACUUACCAAUGCCGAACUUAUUAAAAGUACAAUUUGAACAUUCACGACAAAUGUAUAAACAAUCAUUAUAUAUAAAAACACAAUGCAUAAAAGCAACUAAUGAAUUCAAUUACAAUAUGCAAUUACUAAAUAAUAUUGAAGAAUUUGCAUUCAAUUUUAAUUCUGAAAGUAUUUCAUGUUUACCAACUGAUCAAUUGAUUACUACAAUAACAAAUUAUUAUCAACCUAUAGAAAAUUAUACUACUAUGAAUACGAAGAAUUAUAAUGAUAAAUUAUUGAAAAGAAAAUCUGUUGAAUGUUUUUAUCAAUAUGAACAACAUACAAGUCAUCUUACACAUCUUUUGUUACAUCAUAAUUGUCUUAAAACAUUACAAUUAACCAAUUCAAUAAACAGUUAUUCAACUCGUAUACAUUCAUCAAAAUUAUUACAAAAAUUAAGUCUUGCUCAAAUCUGUCCAAAUCUUCUAUAUUUAGAUGCUAGUUAUAAUUCUAUUGAGGAUUAUUUCGAUUUAUUUUUAUGUCCAGAAUCUAUGAUUUAUAUUGAUUUAAGUUAUAAUCAUAUGAAAAUCCCUGAUGAUGAUGAUGAUCAUCAUCAUCAUUAUCAUUAUGAUUCUCAAUCAUCCUCACCGUCAAUAGUUUGUCAGUUCGAAACUCUUUUUAAAUCAUUUUCUGAUAAGAAUAAAUCCAGCUCCACAUCGUAUUCGUUACGUAAUUGGGAUUUAAAUAAAUUCCCAACGUGUAAUUAUUACUCAAAAUUGGAGCAUCUCAAUUUAAGAGGCAAUCAAUUUCACAUAUUCCCUUAUUGUUGUUAUACUAACACAUUAAUGGAUAAACUUAAUCAAACUAAGAUAUUCAAUGAAUUUCAACUGAUCAAAUCACUUUCAUUCGGUAUACAUCCAUUACAAGAAAUAAAUCUGGGAUCAUCUUAUUCAAUGUCAACUAAAAAUGAAAUUAUACUGUUAUUUCCAAAAUUGAAAACAUUAGACUUAGGUGAAAAUCCUUAUUUAAAAUGUAUCUAUCCUAGUCUAUUACAUUUAAUUAAUUUACAAUACCUUUCAUUGGAUUGUUGUAUAACAUUGUGCGAGCUACCGGGUGAUUUAUUUCGUUUGCCAAAUCUACAAAGUAUUUUAUUAAAUAAAACACCAUUUGUUAAACAUUUAGCAACACUGAUCGAUCCUACCGUAAGACUAAACCAAGUUGUUGGAAUACAAGGCAAUAAUAAUAAUGAUAAUGAUGUUAAUGAUUAUCCAAAUUUAAAUGAAAAAAUCUACACACGACGUAUACUUUCAUGUUUGAAAUCAGUAACAGAUCAAUCCUAUCCGUAUACUCGAUUUCGUGUAAUGGUUGUCGGUCCAACAGGAGUGGGUAAAACUACAUUAGUUCGUUUGUUACAAGCAUCUGAAACUGGGAAAUCUUCCUGUCAAAGUAAUUUCAAUGAAAAUCCAUUUGAAACUGAUUUGCAUACAUUAUCAUCGUCAUCAUCAUCAUCAUUGCGAUCUAAUGAAACUGAUAAUAUACCAGAUCAUCUCUUACCUUCAGUUCAAAUUACAAAUUUAACAAUAAGUCGUCAUAAUAACAGUAAACCUAAUGAAUCUAUUAACUCAAAUGUUUCAAGUGGAAUUACUAAUAAUAAUAAUGAUAAUAAUCGUAAUUUCUGUGAGACAUUAUCAUUCAGUAUUUGGGAUUUGGAAAAAAGGGUGAACACCACAUCAUCUUCUGUUAAUACUACUACUAAUAAUAAUGUCGGAAGUAGCAUAUCUGAUAUAUCGUGUGAAUUAACUUAUCCAUCAGAAGUAAUAAUUAAUACUCAAUUGGGUAUACAUUGUCAAUUAACAAUAUAUUUAGUUCUGUGGAAUACAGUCGAUGGUUUAUUAGGAUUAAAUCGUAUUACUCCAUGGUUAAUGAAAAUCAAGUCAAUUAGUCCAAAUUGUCCAAUCAUAUUAGUCGGUAUCUAUUCUGAUUAUCUUUUAAAUUUAAACCAAACUAUAACUACUGACAAUUCAUCUUCAAUUAAUAUCAGUAGUAUGAAUAAAUCAACAAACUCCAAGUAUAACAAUAAUAAUCUUAAAUUUCAUUUCAAUCUAAUGGAUAAUAUUGUUCGUAGUAGAUUUUUUACAAAUUCCGAUUUAAAUGCAUAUGGAUUACCAUAUUUGUACAAUUAUAUGUUUAUAAAUUUAUCCAAUAUGAAUAUGAAUCAUUCAGAAAGAUUACAAAACAGUAUUUAUGAAUUAGCUACAUUAAUUUAUAAUGCUGCUUAUCAUUUCAAUAUAACAAAUCGUACAGCUGAUGUAUUGUUGCCGAAUAUAUCUAUUGCUCCAAGUUUAUCUCAAUCAUUUUUACAAUUAUCAAUACCAAAAUUAUAUCAUUUAGCUGAAAGUAUAACGCAACAAUUAACUAUUGAAAUGUUGAAUGCACAAUUACCACCAAUUAUGGAAGUUAAUAAAUUUAUAUUCGAAUUGAACAAAUGUCUUUCUAAUUUACUGCCUCAUCCGAUAAAAGUUUGUUUUUCAUCGAGUAAUGUUAAUAAUAAUAAUAAUAACAAUGGUAGUGCUCCGGUUGAGUUAUUGUCCACAUCGUCGUCGUCAUCAUCAUCAUCACCAUCAUCAUCUUCAUUAUAUGCAACUUCUUGUAUACAUGGAUUUUAUACUUAUUCUGAUAUAAAAAGUAUAUUAUUAUUUCUAAAUCAUAUUGGUACAAUUCUUUAUUUUAGUCAUCAUAAAUUAUUAAAAAAUUAUGUAUUUUUAUCACCUCAAUGGUUAUUGAAUACUUUAUUAAAAUUAAUGAUUAAUAUACAUAAUAAACAAUUAUGCGGUGGUAUGUUUAAAAAUUAUUGUACAUUGAAAACACAAUGGAUGAAUACUAACAACAUCCAACAUCAAUAUUGUAAUGAAUCAAUAAAAUCAUCAUCAGAUAUUAGUCGGUUACAGUAUCAAGUUAACAAUGAUAAUGAUAAUAAAUCUAGUAAAUAUACUCCUAAUAUUCAUUUGAAACAUAAUUCAGCUGUUAUCAAUUCGUCUUACUUAACAGAUUUAAUUAAAUAUUUCAUGAGAACUAUGAGGACAACCAAUGAUAAUACUAGCCAUGUCCAUAUGACCAACGUUCAUGAUGUACCAUUGGAGGAAAUUUUUCUAGGAUUAUUUAAACAGUUUGGUUUAAUAGUAUCCAUUAUUAGUAAUGAUGAUUUAAAAUGUCAAAAAGUUGAUAACUUGAAAAUGAGAAAAACUAGAAACCAAUUGUUAUUACUACCAUCAUUAUUAGCUGCACGUUGUUUUCAACCAGGACGUUUACAUUCUUAUUUACAACCAGCAGUGAUUAGAUAUCAGGAGAACUACCUAUCUAUGAAACAAGGUUCAUGUCUUCGUUCUCAAUCACUUGGUGUUUCAACUUAUCGACCGAGGUAUACUGUACACCUCAAGCAGUCGAAAUUGCGACCUAUAAAUAAUGUCAAUACAUUUGAAAGUGGUAAUAAUAAUGAUAGUAAUAAUAAUAAUACUGAAAAGACGAAUCAUCCUAGAUUGUCGCAGUUUUUAAGUUGGCGUGUUCAAACUUCGGUCAAUAAAGAAAUUGUACGAUUAUAUGCUGUUACCUAUAUACCAUUUGGAUUUUGGACAGAAUUAAAUACGAGGUUAUUAAAUGAUUUAAGUCUACAUGAAAUUUGUGGACGCAUCUACAACUUAUCAAAAUUACCUUCUGAAUUAUUGCAACAAUUAUUAUGCAAUAAUUUACAACAGAAUGAUAACUUCAAAAAUUGUUGUCAAUAUAUAUGUUGCACCGGUAGUCAUAAUGAUCAUGGUAAUAUUGACAAUUCUCAUACAUUUAUGAAUAAUACAUCAUCACAAUGUAAUUUAAAGCCUGAAUGGACAGUAUGGAAACGUGGUAUGCGUUUGUCACUUGGUCAUGGUCAAAUCGGUUUAGCACGUUUACAACAAUUGACACGUGCCAAUUGUGCAUUGUUAAGAAAUCAAUCAUUCAAACAAUCAUUUCUGAAUCAUACCAACAAUCGACAAUUAUCAUCUUUGCGUUCUUUGGUUUCCUCCUGUUCUCCUCGUUCUUCGUCUUUUUCUUCUACUACAAAAACAAAUGAAUUAAUUUCAAAACUUCUUCCCCAGUCUUAUUAUUGUGAAGAAUGGGAUGAACCAUGUGCUAUAGUUGGUGAAGAAGUUAUGAAACAAAAUAAAAAAUCAAUAAUCGUUAAUCAAAAUAUUUCUAAUACUGAGAACAACUUCAUCUUGUCUAAUUUACCACUAAAUAAUGAUACUGUUUAUCGUAGUGGUGUUGUAGAAACAAUUAAACAUUCCUAUGAAGGACGUUGUUUACGGUUAAUGCACUGGGUAGUGCAAGACGAUCAAAAACAUGAAGAAUUUCAACCAUAUACUACGACCAUGAAAACAACAACAGAAUCAUCACCGUUAAGAACAACAGCUUGUCAGGAACGUACUGUAAAGACUGCAUCUGACUUUAAAAUACAAUGUAAUCAUGGUUACCUAACUGAUCAAGAACACGAUGCAUUCCAAAACUCAUGUCUUAUUGAAAUUUACUUACCAAAUUUAAAUAUCCACUGGGAAUAUAAACAAACUGACAAAUGUUCAACUGUCAAUUCUAAUCAAACACAUAAUCAUUUAGAAGUUAUUGAUUUACUACGAAAUCCUUCUCAACUUCGACAAAAAAAUAGUUUAAGUCCAGAUUCUCGGGCAGUUGCUGAACUAUUAGCAAAAUUAGUCAGCCAUAUUGACACAUUAUUAGAAGAUUGGUAUCCAGAUCUGGGAGCGAAAUUAAAUCAAUCUAAUGAAGGUGUUUAUUUAGUUGAACGUAUUAUUCCAUGUUGUGCCUGUCUUGCUACACCAAGCCGUCAUCUCAAUAACCUUUUAGGACAGCCUCUUAGUUUUUCCACUGAUAACCAUCUCCAAAAUAUGAUGAAAAAUUCCUCUUCUAAUAGUAUCAUUAAUCAGUUUAAGGAAAUGGACAAAAACUGUAAUGGAAACAAGUAUUGUUUGAAUCAAUUAUCAUUAAACAAUAAGAAAUUAUCUAAAUCUGUUCAAUAUUUAAAUGAUACUGAUAAUGAACUGAAAUAUUCUUAUUUGAACUCGUCUGUAUUAUCUGUACCAAAUAAUUUAUUCACUAAUGAGGAAUUAUUAAUGAAAUAUUCUUCGAAUAUCAAGAAUUUCGAUGAUAAUAAUAUGAUCACAGAGAAAUAUUUAGCAAAUCAUAAUAUGUCCAAUUCUCCGAAAUGGUCGUGGCUUUUUAAACGGAAUCGAUAUAAAAGAGCACAUUCAGCAGAUCCAUUAAAAAUAACUAACCGUAAUAAAAAUGAAAAUGGUAAUCAAAAUAAAUUAACCAAUCCAUCAACAGCCUAUACAUCGUUUGUUUAUGGUAUCAGUAUUAGUGAAUAUAUUCAUUGGUAUGUAAUGAGAAAUUCAAAUAAAAUAUUACAGCCUGGAGAAUUAUAUUGUCCUAUACAUUCAUCUGUUCAGUUAUGGGCUCCAGAUUUACAAUUUAAAGAUAUUCCUUCAACACUUUUCUUUUCUACUGAUCGUGUCUAUUUAUUGGAAUUUCUUGGACGUGGCGCUUUUGGUUCCAUAUUUAAAGGUUCUGUAAAUAAUUCAAAUUCAUCCAAACAACAACAAAUAGGACGAUUAUCAAAUAGAAUUCCACUCGAAACAAUCAAUCAAUUUAAUAACAAUCGUACCACAGAUUUCAUUCAUGAGGUAGCUGUAAAACUAUGUUCACCUAUUUAUCCUAAUUUAAAUAGUAAUAGAAGUAAUUGUAAUCCUAUGUUUAAUUCUAUCAACUCUGAGAGUAUCAAUUUAUCAUCAUCACAGCACAAGUGUUCUACUUCGAAUCUUUCCGAUGCUUUGUUUUUAUAUCGUCAAGAACAACGUAGAUGGUUACAUAACCCAAUCGAAGCCUGUUUAACUGCUUAUCAGGAAAUUCGAGCUGAAUUAAAUAUUCUAUUAUCAAUUACAAGAAAUUCAUUGUAUUCUAAUCAAUAUUCUUUUCCAUCAUCAUCAUCAUCAUCAUCAUCAUCAUCAUGGUCACCAUCAUCAUCAUCAUCAUCUUUAUCAUCAUUAUUAUAUCAUAAAAGUAGACAUACUAACAGAUUAUGUAAUAGGUAUAGUUUACAAGAGAAACGAUCUAAUCAAAGUUGUUUUAAUAAAUGUUUACAAAAGAAUAAAUUAAAAGAUUUUAAUAAUAUUGAUAAUAAUAAUAAUUUACUUAUUUUUUAUGGAAUUAUUUAUCCUAAUCCUAUUGGAUUUAUAAUGCCAUUAUUACCAUUAGGUAAUUUAUCGGAUUAUUUCAAUUCAUUAUUUCUAUUAUAUCAAGAUAUAUUAAAGGCAACAAUGAAUACAUCAUUUAUAACAAUAAAUUAUAAUGAAUUAUUUAUUAAUCAUCCAUUACAUCCAAUCACUAUGAUGUUAAUCAUUAAUCAGAUAGCUCAAGGACUUGCAUAUCUUCACUCUUUAUCUAUUGUUCAUCGUGAUGUAAAAUCAGAAAAUAUAUUAAUUUGGUCAAUACCAUCACCUUCUACAAUGAUGAUGAUGAUGACGACAUCAUCAAUAUCGGAAUCAAAUGAUCAGAAUCCAUCUGAAGUACAUAUUGUACUAACUGAUUAUGGUGUAAGUCGAUUCAUGAGUGUACGUGACGAUGAUGAAGAUGGUAAUGGAUGUAGAGGAUAUGUUGGUACACCUGGUUAUAUGGCCCCUGAAAUUUUAGACUAUAUUGGUGAACAAACAUAUACUUCAAAGAUUGAUAUUUAUGCUAUGGGAAUUUUAUUAUGUGAAAUGAUCCAAUUAGAACAACCGUACAAAAAGUCAUCAUCGUCAUUUUAUCGUUUAGCUCAACAAGUUAUUUCAGGUGUACGUCCUGAUAUUCCACAACAUUUUAUUAAAUGUUGUCCUAUUGCAUUAAUUAAUUUAAUGACAUAUUGUUGGUCAUCCAAUUCAAAUAGACGACCAUCAGCUGAACAAAUUGUACAUUUAACUAAUUCAUAUCAAUUAUCUACUUCAUUAUUAUCAUUAUCCAAUGAAAUUAUUACUAAUCAUUGUAAUAAUAAUAAUAAGAGGAAGAAGAAGGAGAAUAGAUCAAAUUCCUUACCAAUUUAUCAAAAUAAUUGUUUUAGUCAUAUACAAUCGGUUUAUUCAAUUGAUUUUUUAAAAGUUGUAACUUGUGCUGUAAUUGACAAUAAUUACAAUUUAUGGCUUGGCGGUUAUAAUCAUAUUCAUGAAUCAUUCACAUUGAAGAAUAAUGAUGCACAUUCUAUUAAAUUAGGUUUAUUAAUCAUUAUUCCUCUGGACAAUUUCUCCACAAAUUCAUCAUUGUUAUUAGCUUCUUGGCCAAAAAUUCAUAUAUUAAAACAAUAUUUUAAAAGGUUUAGAAACGAAUGUGACUUAUGCAUUAAACUAUCCGAUUGGCCAAUUCAUUUAUGUAUAUUGAAUAUUAAUGUUGAUGAAAAGAUGAAAAUAGGACGCAAAGAUUCUGAUAUUUCACCUCUGUUAAUAACUUGUUUAACAUAUUUUGGUGAAUUAAGAAUAUAUAGAUCAAAUAAUCAAAAUUCUUUAAAGUAUAUUUGUCUUUUAAAAGUGCAACUGUCACAAUGUUGUUCUACAUUGAAUCAAAAUUUCACAUCGACUAGUAAUGAUAAUCACAAUAGAUGUGAAAAUCUUUUUCAAGAAAUUAAUAUGAUGUUUAGUUGUAUAAUGUAUGAUUAUAAUCAACAUAAAAUGAAUGAUCAAGAUUACAAUUCAUCUUUGUCACCAACAGUAUCAUCAUCAUUAUCAUCAGCGGCAGCAGCAUUAUCUAACAGAUGUAUUCACUUCAUAUUAUGCUUAUCAUUUCCACAAAUUUGUAUUAUAAAAAUUAAUAUUCAUUCUAGUUUAACGUUGAAAUUUGAUCGACUUAUUUUUAUCGAUAUAGAUCAACCCGUUCAUUCAGGGAUUAUUCUUCCAGAAAUUUGUGGUUCUAAUAUUUGGCUUAGUCAAACUGGCGGUAAAUUAGUAUGUUAUACAUGGAAUGAUUCAAAAUGUGAAAUCCACUCCUCCUCUUCACCAUUAUCAUCAAGUUAUCUAAAAUUUUAUUCAUCCUGGUUUGUCCCUUCAUUGUUCGAUUCUGAAUCAUCUCUAGUAACUCACUUUUUGAUUGAAAAUUCAAAACUAACUAGUAAUCGUCCAGAACCUUUGGUGGAAGAUGUUGAUGCAAGUAAACACGUUUGUGUUUGGACAUAUUUGGAACCAGAUGGAAAACUUGACUGUUGGUCAGCUUUUUCACAAACUCUAUUGAGAAGUAUCAGUUUACUACAUCAAUUGGAUAAUGAUCUGUUCACAGAGAACCUUUCAACAUUCGAAAUUAUUGGAUCAGUUAAUACAAUGGAAUGGCUUAAUUUAUCAUCAAGUAUUCUUUUAUUAACAACCCAUGGUUAUUUGAUUCAUAUUAACGUAAUGAAUACUAACAGUGUUACUAAUGUUAAUGGUAAUUCAAUGACAACUACCAAUGAUACUAAGAUGUUGAGAGCAACAACAGCACAAACAUUUUCCUCUUCUACAUCUCCAUCAUCACGAUCAUUUUGUCAGUUAUUUCAUUAUCAUGGAUUAUUUUCAAAGAAAGAUUUCUCUUUAAUUACUCCAUUAACAUCAUCCAUAUCAUUAUAUCAGACAAAUGUGAAACAUUUUUCAAAACGUAUUAUCACUAUAAGUAAAGGUUAUUUAGAUCCUUUAAAUUGGAUCAAUCAUCAUGUUUCAUCAUCAUCAUCAUCAACUUCUUGUUCUCCUACUGAUUCUACAUCUUUUAAUAGGAAUUUCAUUGAAUUAACCAUGUCCAAUAACAAUAAUAAUAUUGAUAAUUAUAGUAAUAAUCAUAUAAUUGAAUGUUUAAAUCAAGAGAAAUUUUAUCUAGUUAAAUUAUUCUCUGAUCAAUUUUUAUUUCCAUCAUAAAUUUCUAAUGAGAAAUUUUACUCAUUUAAUCUUGUUUGUACCUUUUUUCUUGUUUCCCUUUUUCUCUUUCUUUUAAUUUUCUUUCUUGCACAGUAACUAUUUCCUGUUUAAUUAUGGAUAACAUCUUCAUAUUUCUCUCUUUUCUCUUUAUUGAUUUAUUUAUUCAAUAGGAU